GUUUAUUACAGUGAAUUCCUUCACGGGAUAAAACAGUUUUUAAAAAAGUAUGUCUACAUUCGGAUUAACUCUAUUUCUCUUGAGUUUGAGUGUCUGUAUCGGACAUGAAUCAUACAAUGCUGAAGAGAUGCUGAAGAAAGUUGUCGAAAUACUUAACCUUUUAGUAAAGGAUAAGAAAUGUUCUACAGCCGGCGAAGUUUGUCCUGAUGGAUGGCUACACUACCGAGGUUCAUGCUAUCUUUUUCCAAACGGAAAUUUAACUUUUACUUUUAACGACGCUGAGUACUUCUGUAAUCAGCAUGGAUCACAUUUGGUUCAUAUUGAAAGUGAAUCGGAGAAUACUUUUCUUAAGUAUCAGAUGAGAGAGCGGAAAGAUUCCAGUUAUUGGACCGGGCUUACUGAUCCUAACAGUAAAAGAAUCUGGACCUGGCAUAACUCAGAAACAGAAGCUUCGUUUACAGACUGGAGUAGACACAGUCCAAAUAAUUAUGAUGGGAAUCAAUACUGUGUUUUCAUGGAGCUUGCGUAUAACUUCCAAUGGAAUGAUUUUGCCUGUGAAAAUAAGUUUAGGGCAGUCUGCGAAAAAGAUUCGACAGGACCAGUUUGAAUUUGCAAACGUGUAUUUGAAGGACUUUACUUUCGGAAAGUGUAACAAAUAUCAUGAUUAUGACCUGCCAAUUAAAAAGUAGCAUUUUACAGAAAGACAUUUAAGAACCAUUGUCACACACUUGUUAAUGUCUCAGUCGCACAUAUCAAUUAAUAUUAUUAAAAAGAUUUCGUUUUUUUUUAAACAAUAUUUAUUAUCUAAACAUAGUUAUUCGCGUUGAAUAAACAGGCUAUAUAAUCAAGGUUACCAAUCUAAAAUAAAAAGGUGAUCAACAUGUACAUAAUGCUCUCUUUUGUCACAAGACGAAUCGCAUUGCAAUUAAAAAGUGAAAUGUAUUUUCCGGUGUUCAUGCGAAAUGAACGACAGACUUGGAUCUGCAAAUCCCUGAAUUGCGCUUACGUCGAAAAAUAUUUCAUUUCUUAUAUUUACAUUAUAUUUCUUUUCUAUUUCUAUAAACAAGAUUCAUUGGAUUAUAAAUUGCACACAUUUUGUUGCUUUUAACAUUAGAAACAGCUUCCCGACCAUUCUGUCCACCAGACGUAACAACUGCGAACGUUCUUCCUGACAAUACCCGGACGCCGUCAAAACAGCGGCCCGUUAUCACUAAGCAGCGUUGACGUUACUUUCGCGCCUUUCCUUUUGCUAUUCAUACAAAAUGAACGUCACAAUUUUCAAUGGAAAAGAAUAGGGCGAAUGUAAAUAUAUCAACAUACUUUGUGCGUUUUUGCUCUGUAAUUUUAAUUUUGUAGUUUAAAACCUUUUUUGUCACUUCUUUGGAUUAAAAAGUUUUUUAAAAACA